UGUUUGUUUAAAGGAGGAGCCUCUGCAGGAUAUAAGGGUCUCAGUUUUUGCUUUGCACCUCGUCCUGAUACUUGCCUUGUUGACGUGAGUCCAGCCGAAGAAGACACCAUGAGGAAGACUCUGCUGGUGAUGCUGGUUGGCCUGCUGGCUGUGCUGACUGUCUGCGCGGACGUUACGCCAGACAAAGACUUCAAAAUAGAGAAGGUUGUAGGAAAGUGGUUCCGGGUCGGCAUUUCCAGUAAUGCCAAGUGGUUUAAUAAGGACAAGAUGAGGAUGGGCACUGCCAUCCUGAAGCAAACAGAGGGAGGAGGCAUGAGUUUGACCUUCACCACCCUGCAGGAUGACGGGACUUGCUGGAACGUGACUCACCUGGCAAACAAAACGGACACUCCUGGACACUUCCGCUAUUACAGUCAAAUUUGGAACAACACCAACGACUUGUACAUUGUGAAAGCUGAGGACGACGUGGUUCUGACCCACACAGUGAAGACGAGUGACAGAGGGACUUCAGACCUCAUCAGUCUAUACAGUAAUCAACCUGAGUCCAAUGCUAACAUGGCCGCCAUGAUCACCAAGUAUUCCCAGGAACACGGAAUUCUGGCUGAUAAUGUCGUCAUGCUGCCUAAAAAUGCGGAGUGUCCUUCGUGAAGCCUUCUUCAUCUUCAUCAUCCAUCAAAUCCUCACUGGAGUCCUCAGAGCUCAAAGUCUGGUCUUUAUGAUGUCAUCAAGAAACACACAUACGAGUCUGUAUGAAAUUAUGUAACUGUUGAUUUGCCUCAUCAAAAUAAACUCGAUAAACUGAGACGU